UUGGAUGCAUUUUAUACAUAUGGUUGUCAAAAAGGUAUGUAGAAACUUAAGUCACUUUUAAAAUAUCUAUUAGAAAAUAUCUGAUUGAUAUUGUGUUAAACAUAAUCCAAGUUAUCAUCUUUUGUGUUACACAGAAUACAGAGAAAGCAAGUCAUACAAUGUUAGGGUGACAUGAGGGUGAGAAAAUAAAGGAUUUAAAUUUUUGGUGAACUAUCCCUUUAAGUCAGAGCCACUGUAUUUGGACAAGUUAUUGAUGCUGUACUAAGUAUCAAAUCAGUGUCACUCCUGAUUAUUUUCAACAUCAAUAGUCAUUUAGAAUGUGUAAAACUGAAGUAUGCAUUGAAAUUGGUUGCUGACAUGAAUUAUUGCCCUCUCUUUAUAUUUCUCUCGCUCUCUAUUAAUCUCCUAUUCACAAAUAGAGGCCAAAAGAGGCUCAGCCAGCUGGAUGAGAUUAUCUUUUUUUUCUGAUUAGAAAUCAACGUCAGCACACCCCCCUAAAACACGCCAGUGUACCAUCCUCUCUCUGAGCUCCACCCCUCUCCGUCCUCCCGGCUAAUAUAAGGACGCCCAUACCGACUCCAAACACUGUGAGAGGGAGAAAACCAGAGGUCACACUGAUAAGAGAAAGGAAAAAAGAAGCCACCGGCGAAUCUGAGAGGCUCAACAAAGAGACAAAUCAGAGAAGAGUCAAGGAGAGAAGGAGACUGAAGAAAGCUGCCUGGAGGACGCCACGUGUGUGUGUGUGUGAGUGUGAGUGUGUGUAUGUGUGUGUGUGUGUGUGCACGCAUAUGUAUGUUGAGACAGGCAUAGGUAGAUUCCAGAGAUAUUUGUGAGACUGACAGAGGACGAAAGCACAUCAUGGAUCCCUCGAGUCCCUCAGAGGGCCCUGUGGAACCCAAAGAAAGGAGGAAAAUCCAGUUCGCCGUCCCGCCAACAGAACCGACUCAGCUGGACCCUCGGCAGGUUGAGAUGAUUCGACGACGAAGACCCACACCUGCCACUUUGUUCAAAGUAGCAGACCAAACAUCUCCUGAGGAUGACAUCUCCACCCAUCAGUGGGUUGUAGGAGAAAAUGGUGUCCUCAAACCAAAACGAAUCAACCCAAAUAUCUACCAGCCACCAUCAUUAAAAGCCGUGCAGCAGAUGGCUGAAGCUCACAUGCAGAAAAUAGGUGUGUAUCCUCAUGUAGAGGAGGAAGGGGAGGAGCCUAUUCACAGAGGGGGGGAGGAGAUUUCCUCAUCCUGCACACCUGAUUCACAGGAGCAAAGGGGCAUGGCAGAGCACCAGCCCGGCAUGAGAAAGGCAGGAGCCACAGCACCAACCGAUGAAGAGGAGGAGGAGGAGGGGGAGGAGGAAGUAGAAGCAGACAAUAUGGCAGAUGAUGAGUGCAGGAAUGUGGACUGAUAAAGUUUGAGGAACUUUAGAGAUUUUUUCAUAAUGCAGAACCUUGUUUGGAGAUAAGAAUUAUUGUUUAUUGAUUACUGGCUGUCAAUAAUUCUAUCACUUGAUAAAAACGGCUGUCUAUUUGUAUUCAGAGACAAAAAGAGACUUAGAAAACUCUGAAAGACUGAAAUUUUGGAGUGGUCAAACAAUCUCAAACAAUUCAUUCACCCCUACAUUGCCAUGAAAUAGAAAUGCAUAAGGUUAGUAGUUAUCUAAUAUCAUCCCUGCGUUUCAUACAUUCGAACAAAAAGGUAAAGUACAAAUGUUUAGUUCUAUGAGCAGCGCAGUAUGAAUGUGAAGUGUUGAGAAAUGUGUUAGUGUUCAUAUCAUGUCAUGUUUUGUGUGUGUGUGUGUGUGUGUGUGUGUGUGUGUGUGUUUGAGUAACAGUAUGUUUUGUGAUCGGUGCGUUUCUUUGGGCCUACACUGCCAUCUGGAGUACAGAGAAUUGUUAUACUGAAUCCCAUGAAAUCAUUUGCCAAAAACAAUAAUCCCAGAGCACAUGGAAAGGCUCAAUAUCUAAGUAUUUAGCAGCAUUAUUAUUUGUUAAACCAUUGCCAACAUCCUGGCAGUUGGAUCACACUUCAAACUACAGUUAAUUUAGCAGAAACAAAAAAAGAAUGUUUAUAAUUACAAAUAUAAUUAUAUUUGCAUAUUUAUAAAUAUAAAAAUAAAUGACUAAUUUCUAAAAAUGAUCUAAAAUAAAUUCUAAAUUCACCAUUGGUAAAUGUGGCAAAAACGUUUCAAAUACAAAGAUUUGAAGAGUACUUUAAAAAAACAAACAAAAAAAAACAGCUGAUAAAGACUGCAGUUAUAUAAGUAUUCCAAUAAAGGCUGUUUUGUUUUUACAUGGAGUGGACCAUAUUAAGAUCACAAAUACUAUUUUGCUUUAUCGCACUGUUUUGGAAGACUUUUGCCUCAUGCAACUAAUCGUGGCUGACUGUGAAUAACACAUUCCUACAAUGUUGUCUUUGUGAUUCAUUUGUGGUUUGUCAAUAACAUCGUGAUCAAAGCUGCUAUAAAAAUCAUAUUUGCAUAAAGAAUAGAAUUCACAUCUCUUCAUAUGACUGUAUUUGGUUACAGAUAACAAAAAACUCCAAAUUCAGUGCCUCGGGGUGAACGUUCAGUGCACAUGUAAAUCAGGAACACGUAAAUAAUUUCAGUCGAUUACUGUAGUUAACAACUUGCAUUAAUAUUAGCUGGGUAACUUAUUACUUAUCUUAGUUUUUAAGUUUCUUCCUUAGCAAAAUCUUUUAAGGGAAAAAUGUUGAACUAUUUUUAAAAAUGAUCGAUAAUGAUUUAAAAUGAGAAGCCAACAGCCAAGUGUUGCUUUUUUAAGAAAUUGUAUUGCUUUAUAUUGAAAAUAAUCAUAUUUGUAUGCAUAUAUUCCUCCAAAGCUCAUGCAGGUACAUGUUGUUGAUUUUGGUUAACGUACAAUAGAAAAUCUGAGAAAAUGUACCCAAUUAGUAUCGCUAUCCAAAGGAACUAUGGAAAUGUUUUAGGUUAAAGUCUCUGUAUCAAUAAAUAUAUUUGCACUGAAUUAAAGUGUUAAAGAAUA